ACCUGAACAGAGCCAAGAUGGCGGCUGACAGUGACCCGGAGUCUGAGGUGUUUGAGAUCACAGAUUUCACCACCGCAUCCGAGUGGGAGAGAUUUAUAUCCAGAGUUGAGGAAGUGCUCAAUGACUGGAAGCUGAUUGGUUGUCGUGUUGGGAAUCCUCCACAGAAGGGGGAGUUCACAAGCGGUUCCUGGGAGGAAACGUCUCAAGAGAUCAACUUUGCAGAUUUUAAGUUUUCUAUCUCACAUCACUAUCUGAAACAAGAGACGGCAGAGAAUGAGAGCAGAGACGAAUCAGAGGAAGAUGCGGUUCCUCUGGCCAUGCAGGACCUGCUGUGCAUGAACAAUGACUUUCCUCCUCGAGCUCACUGUCUGGUCCGAUGGUAUGGCGUUCGAGAGUUUUUGGUGAUUUCUCCAGGAGCAAACUGUGAAGCCAUCAUCAGUGAAUCUAAAUGUAACCUGCUGCUGAGUUCAGUGUCCAUCGCUCUCGCCAACACCGGCUGUCAGGUGCCGCUGUUCGUUCAGAUCCAGCAGAAGUGGAGGAGGAUGUACUCUGGUGAGUGUCAGGGGUCGGGCAUUCGGACAGACUUUGAGAUGGUGCACCUGCGUAAAGUUCCCAGUCAGUACAAUCACCUGUCAGGACUGCUGGACGUCUUCAAGAACAAGAUUGGCUGCCCACUGACGCCGCUGCCGCCCAUCAACAUCUCCAUUCGCUUCACGUAUGUUCUGCAGGACUGGCAGCAGUGCUCAUGGCCUCAGCAGCCACCAGACUUUGAUGCUCUUCUCGCGGGUGAGGUGGGGGGUGUGGAGUUCGGCAAACUUCCUUUCGGAGCUUGUGAAGAUCCAAUCAGUGAGUUGCACCUUUCAACAACGUGGCCGAAUCUGACGGAGGGAAUCGUCGUGGAUAAUGAUGUUUAUUCUGAUCUGGAUCCUCUUCAAGCUCCCCACUGGUCUGUUCGAGUGCGGAAAGCCGACAAUCCUCAGUGUUUGCUGGGGGAGUUCCUCAUGGAGUUCUUCAAGCUCUGCUGUCGGAAGGAAACUACUGAAGAGAUUCUGGGCAGGAACUCGGUAGAGGAGGAGGGCAAAGACAACAGUGACAUCACUCAAGCCUUGUCUAAACUGACGGAGCCUGCGGCGGUCCCCAUCCCCAAACUCUCUGUGUCCAACAUGGUUCACAGCGCACGCAAACGAAUACGCCGACACAGACGGAUCGAGGAGUCGCCUCUGAACAAUGAUGUGCUGAACUCAGUUCUGCUGUAUCUGUUUCCAGAUGCUUCUGCAGAUAAGUCCGACUCUAGUGAUGUGAAAUCUACACAACAAAACACGGGAGGAAACACUGAACAGGAAAAACAAUCAGAAGAUUAUCAUCUGUAUAAUCAGCUGAAAUCGGCUCCCGCUGACAGUCUGACGUCUCGUCUGGCGUUGUGUAUCUGUAUGGUGAACUUCUAUCAUGGAGGUGUGCGCGCCGUCGCUCACCUGUGGCAGGAGUUUGUGUUGGAGAUGAGAUACCGCUGGGAAAACAACUGUCUCAUCUACGGGCUGGCCAGUGGAGCUCCUGAUCUCAGGUGUUGUCUUCUUCAUCAGAAGCUGCAGAUGCUGAACUGCUGCAUCGAGCGCAAGAGAGCGAGGGAUAAUGGGAGGAAGAGUGAGGGCGGCAAAGAGAGGAACAGACUGGCACCUGACACUGCCGGACCGUCGGCCGCUGAAGUGUCACACGGGAAGUCCUGGGACUCGUGGAGUGACAGCGAAGAGGAAUUCUUCGAGUGUCUGAGUGACACAGAGGAGAUGAAGGAGGUGGAGACUGAGAGCGACAAGAAAGCAGCCAAUAAGAGCAAAGCAGAGGGCCGAUUACAGCCACACGGGAAACUCACUCUACUGAACUCACAAGAACCGCUCUACAUACCUGUGACACAGGAGCCAGCGCCCAUGACUGAAGAUCUGCUGGAGGAGCAGUCUGAGGUUCUGGCUAAACUGGGCACAUCGGCUGAAGGUGCCCACCUGCGUGCCCGUAUGCAGAGUGCCUGUCUGCUGUCAGAUAUGGAGUCGUUCAAGGCAGCAAAUCCAGGCUGUUCAUUGGAGGAUUUCGUGCGUUGGUAUUCCCCGAGGGAUUACGUUGAGGAGGAGGUGACGGAUGAAUCGGGUCAGAUCGUUGUUCGGGGUGACCUGAGUGCCCGCAUGAAGAUCCCGGGUAACAUGUGGGUGGAAGCGUGGGAGACGGCGAAGGCCACGCCCGCUCGUCGUCAGAAGAGACUGUUUGACGACACCAAAGAAGCAGAGAAGGUGCUGCAUUAUCUUGCAGUUCAGAAACCUGCUGAUUUGACGAGACAUCUGCUGCCAUGUGUCCUGCACGCUGCUCUGAUCAAAGUCAAAGAGGAAGAGUCGACUGAAGACAUUCUAUCUGUCCGUAAAGCGCUGCAGCAGGUCACCGCUCACGCCAGUAAACUGCUGCGACAUCCAAACCCAGACUUCAAGAAACUAGAGGAUGUUAUUAAUCAGAUGACUGUGGUAGAGGCUGUUAUCGCCUGUGCCCGAUCACUGAGGGCAAAGUUUGGCAUUGCCAACGCAGAGAGAGGGGGUGAUUGUGAAGAUCUGGAGAGGUUUGUCAGUGGUCUGUUGGAGGAUCCAGAGGUGUGUGUGGCUGGUGCAGGUCGCAGUCCAGCAGGAAACAUCAUCCACAAACUGUUCAUCAGUUCACAACGGUUGGCUGACGGCAGUGAGGAGGCGGCGCUGCUGGCUCCGAUGGACGAGGAAACGGCACGUGUGGGCGGAACAGACGACAGGAAGCCCGUUCCAGAUUUUCCGCCCCCUGCAGGACGAGAGAUUCUCUUGCGGACUUGCGUGCCGCGUCCCGCACCGUAUUCCAAAGCUCUGCCGCAGCGCCUCUUCUGCGUGCUCUUGAGGGAAGACUUCCGGCUGGCGGGAGCGUUCUCAUCCGACACCACCUUCUUCUGAUGAGUAGCGGCGGGGCAUUUGGAGCAUGAUGGGGUGGUUAACGGGACACAAGUUUAGUGUAAUAACAAGUGAAGUUUUGGGGAAGAGUGCCGGUAUAAUCGGUGUUCUCGUCUGCAGCAGUAUUCUUACAGAGAUAAAACCAUUACGUUAUAAUUGAUGCAAAAGGCUGUUUUCAGAUCAGCCCUUGAGGGGAAGUGCACUAUUGAGGGUGCUCAUCUCCUCUGGAUAGAUGUUUAAAUGGCUUCUCUGUGUUGGGUUAUCACACAUGCUAAUAAUAUCAGUUCCCUACUGUGUGCUUGAUGAGGGUUGCUCAACUACUCUCACUGAAGUCACAAAGCUUUGCCCGAGGAACACACGCGUGUGCGUGUGUGUGAUUAAAAUAUGUAUGUAGGAGGACAUACACAAACACGUGUAUUUUAUUCAUUUACAUCUUAUUAGUACAAAUGUAUCAUAACUGUCAACAAUCUGUAAAUCCGUCUGUGACAUCAGUGUCGUUGUGUUCGUUUCUGUGCCAGAAGUUUAAUAACGUCAGUUUUUCAAUAGAUUCACAGUUUGUUCGCCAAGUGAUUCUCACGAAACCUUCAAGAAAAUGUCCUAGUAAUGUUAAACCCCAAAUCACUUAUAUAUAUAUAUAUAUAUAUAUAUAUAUAUAUAUAUA